UUGCCUGGUGUCGCAGGAAGCGCCGGCCUGUGUGUGAGAGAGAGAGCGGCGGCGUGUAGUGAAGGGAUAGGUCUCAUAUCUGCAGCGGGUGCCCGGGAACCACAGACAUGGAUACUGACCCCUAUGAUGAGUUUGGUAAUUACAUUGGACCUGAGCUGGACUCUGAUGAUGAUGACGACGAUGAUGACAUGGGAAGAGAUGAUAGGGAUGUAGAUGUGGCAGAGGAUGAUGACGAUGAUGAAUACAUGGGAGAUCCUGAUGAGGAUCGUGCAGGGAUGGAGGUUGUUCUCCAUGAGGAUAAAAAGUACUACCCCACUGCUGAAGAAGUGUAUGGCCCAGAGGUGGAGACUAUUGUACAGGAGGAGGACACACAGCCACUCACAGAGCCUAUUAUUAAACCUGUGAAGGCAAAAAAGUUUUCGAUAAUGGAGCAAGGACUGCCAGCUACCGUGUAUGCAAUGGAUUUCUUGGCUGAUCUCAUGGAUAAUUCUGAGCUUAUUCGGAAUGUGACCUUGUGUGGGCACCUCCAUCAUGGAAAGACAUGCUUUGUAGACUGUCUGAUCGAGCAAACGCAUCCAGAGAUCCGCAAACACCAUGACCAGGAUCUUUGUUAUACGGAUAUUCUCUUCACCGAACAGGAGAGAGGUGUCGGCAUGAAGAGUAUACCUGUAACCAUUGUCCUUCCAGACACCAAGGAAAAAUCCUAUCUGUUUAAUAUAAUGGAUACACCAGGUCACGUGAAUUUUUCUGAUGAGGUGACAGCUGGCUUUCGGAUAUCUGAUGGUGUAGUGCUGUUCAUUGAUGCUGCAGAAGGGGUGAUGCUAAACACUGAGCGCCUGAUUAAACACGCUGUGCAGGAACGUCUAGCUGUUACAGUUUGCAUUAACAAGAUAGACCGGCUAAUUCUGGAGCUCAAGCUUCCUCCCACUGAUGCCUAUUACAAGCUGAGGCACAUUGUGGAUGAGGUUAAUGGAUUAUUAAGCAUGUAUUCCACAGAUGAGAACCUGAUUCUAUCCCCACUCUUGGGCAAUGUCUGCUUUGCAAGUUCCCAGUACAGCAUCUGCUUCACCCUGGGCUCUUUUGCGAAGAUCUACGCAGACACUUAUGGUGAUAUCAACUAUCAGGAGUUCGCCAAAAGAUUGUGGGGUGAUAUUUACUUCAAUCCAAAAACUCGUAAAUUCACCAAGAAAGCUCCAACAAGCAACUCCCAACGUAGUUUUGUGGAAUUCAUCCUGGAACCACUGUACAAGAUCUUAGCUCAGGUGGUAGGGGAUGUAGACACAUCUCUACCUCAGACUCUGGAAGAGUUAGGAAUCCAUCUCACGAAGGAGGAACUAAAACUGAACAUACGUCCUUUGCUUAGACUAGUUUGUAACCGCUUCUUCGGGGAAUUCACAGGUUUUGUGGACAUGUGUGUCCAACACAUUCCUUCCCCAAAGGCUGGUGCUAAAGCCAAGAUUGAGCACACGUACACUGGUGGUAUAGAUUCUGAGCUAGGGGAAGACAUGAGCCUCUGUGAUUCUGAUGGCCCCCUGAUGUGUCACACAACCAAAAUGUACAGCACGGAUGAUGGGGUUCAGUUUCAUGCUUUUGGCCGAGUGCUGAGUGGGACUAUUCAUGCAGGACAACCAGUCAAGGUACUGGGAGAGAAUUACACCUUAGAGGAUGAAGAGGAUUCACAGGUCUGCACUGUUGGAAGACUGUGGGUGUCCGUGGCCAGGUAUCACAUCGAGGUGAACAGAGUGCCUGCUGGAAACUGGGUUCUUAUUGAGGGCGUAGACCAGCCGAUUGUAAAGACUGCCACAAUCACUGAGCCACGGGGCAAUGAGGAGGCUCAGAUCUUCAGGCCGUUGAAGUUCAACACAACAUCUGUAAUUAAAAUUGCAGUUGAACCUGUUAACCCUUCAGAGUUGCCUAAGAUGUUAGAUGGGUUGAGGAAAGUCAACAAGAGUUACCCUUCUCUUACCACUAAGGUGGAGGAGUCUGGCGAGCAUGUCAUUCUUGGCACGGGAGAGCUGUACCUAGACUGUGUCAUGCAUGACCUGCGCAAGAUGUAUUCAGAGAUUGACAUUAAGGUGGCAGAUCCAGUGGUGACGUUUUGUGAGACCGUCGUGGAAACGUCAUCACUGAAGUGUUUUGCUGAGACUCCAAAUAAAAAGAAUAAAAUUACAAUGAUUGCUGAGCCAUUGGAGAAAGGUCUGGCGGAGGACAUUGAAAAUGAAGUGGUACAGAUAUCAUGGAACAGGAAGAAACUUGGAGAAUUUUUCCAGACCAAAUAUGAUUGGGAUCUGUUAGCUGCUCGUUCGAUCUGGGCUUUCGGGCCAGAUACAACUGGUCCCAACAUCUUAGUAGAUGACACACUGCCUUCUGAGGUGGACAAAGCUUUGCUGAGUUCGGUGAAGGACAGUAUUGUACAGGGAUUUCAGUGGGGAACAAGGGAGGGGCCUCUAUGUGAUGAGUUGAUCAGAAAUGUGAAGUUCAAGAUCUUGGAUGCCGUCAUUGCCCAGGAACCAUUACACCGUGGAGGUGGGCAGAUCAUUCCAACAGCCCGUAGAGUGGUGUAUUCUGCCUUCCUGAUGGCCACUCCCCGACUCAUGGAACCAUAUUACUUUGUAGAAGUCCAAGCUCCUGCUGACUGUGUUUCUGCUGUGUACACUGUCCUGGCCAGGAGGAGGGGCCAUGUAACUCAGGAUGCUCCUAUUCCUGGAUCACCCCUCUACACCAUCAAAGCGUUCAUCCCAGCAAUAGAUUCUUUUGGCUUUGAGACAGAUCUGCGCACUCACACCCAGGGGCAGGCUUUCUCCCUGUCUGUCUUUCAUCACUGGCAGAUUGUGCCAGGCGACCCUUUGGACAAAAGCAUCAUUAUACGCCCACUGGAGCCUCAGCCAGCACCACAUCUUGCCCGAGAGUUUAUGAUAAAGACAAGGCGUAGGAAGGGAUUGAGUGAAGACGUAAGCAUCAGCAAAUUUUUCGACGAUCCUAUGUUGUUGGAGUUGGCCAAACAAGAUGUGGUCCUGAACUAUCCCAUGUAAACAAAAUAGGAGGCAAUCAUCAGUACACUGGUCUCUCCGAGCCGCGAAGAACAGCUUGCUGCCACCUUAUGAUACUAUACUGUGAUACUGGGACGGGACAGCAAAAUGAACCAUUAUUUUGGGUCCAUCAGUGAAUUUUGAAGUGUUGUCAUUGUUGACAUUGAGAUCCCUAUGGCGUAUAAGGGAAGACUACAAUCUUCACCUCGAGUUAAGCCUUGUGAUGUGUAUAUAAUGUUUGUUUACUUUUUAAAAUAAACCUUACAAUUUUAUUAUCACUUA